UUAAAAUUGAGGAGAAAUGGGUGUCUUCGUCUCGAUUUGGGAUAAAUUGUUUAGGAAAGAGGACAAUAACUUCAAAAUUUUGAUUCUUGGGCUUGACCGUGCUGGUAAAACAACAAUUUUAGAGAAAAUACAAGGGAAAAUGGAAGGGGAACCAGUCCCCACUAUUGGGUAUAACCACCAAAAGGUGGUCAUGAGGAACGUCAGCUUAGAUGUAUGGGAUCUCUCAGGCCAAGAGACCAUGAGGAAGAUCUGGAAGCAUUACUUUGUUGAUACAGGAGGUAUUAUUUUUGUCAUUGACUGAACCGAUUGCUCAAGAAUCGAGCUAGUCAGAGAUGAGAUGAAUUACCUCUUAGCUGAACCGGAGCUACUUGAAAUUCCAAUUUUGAUACUUGCAAACAAGCAAGAUAUUCCUGAAGCAAUAGGAGUGGACAAUUUAAGGAAAAGUUUAGGAAUUGUUGAAGAAGAGCAUAAAAGACCAAUAAAAAUCCAAGAGGCUUCUGCUAUUCAAGACGAAGGCCUUGAUUCAGGCUUUGAAUGGCUUAUAAAAAUCCUAUCAAAUGAGGAAGAUGAUGAUUAAUAUCAUUAUCUAGUCGUUAAUAGUUCUAUCUACAUGAAUAGUGGCAGCUAUUCAUGCAUUAAGCGGUCUAAUUUUUACCAAAAUUUUGU